GUUUAUUUUUAAAGUCAUUUAAUUUCGUUUAAAGGGCUUACAAUAAUUUAAUUUCUUUAUUUAAUAAAAAAGUUGCUCAACGGUAGUGUUUACGGAUUGAUAAGGGUUAUCAUUUUGACAUAUUUCAAAGUAUUAUCUAACCUCUCGCGGUCGUGCUGCCGAUUGCCUAAUAUUAUUAUAAAAUUACGAUACAAUAAUGGCUUAUGACUUAAAAAAAGAGGAAGAGGUCAAGGAAUUUGUAGAGAACCUUGGCGUUGAAUAUAGAUUCGGUUGCUUCAAAGAAAAGAAGCCAGAAGUGUGUCACCUAUUGGGUGAUUAUUUAGAAGCAAUUAAAAAAGACUUCACGAAAGCGGCUGCAGUAUUUAAAAGCAACUGUUUAGACUAUAACUAUGGAAAAUCUUGCCUUAAGUACGGAAAUUAUAAAUUAAUUGGUAAAGGCGGGAAUAAAAGUGAACCAGAGGAAGCUUUAAAGUUUUUUGAAAAAGGUUGUGAAUUAAAUGAUCCGACUUCUUGCUUACAUGCUGGCUUGCUACUCACUGCGACUGGCCCCGACGCCACAGCUCCAAAAGAUGUGCCUAAAGGUUACAACUACUUGAAAAAAGCUUGUGAUAGCAACGAAGCUAUGGCUUGCCACUAUCUAGCAGGGAUGUACCUCAGCGGAGUACCGAGAAACCCAAAACAAUUCAACCCUCACAACCCUGAAAAGAACAAAACUCUAGACUAUUUGCUCCGUCCAGACAUGAAACAGGCCUUUUCAUUCGCAAAGAGGGGAUGUGAGCUUGGUCAUGUGUAUGCCUGCGCUAAUGUCAGCUUAAUGUAUAAAAAGGGUGAUGGGGUUGAAAAGAAUUUAGAAGAAUCAAAAAGAUAUUUUGAGAUUGCACAAAGCUUACAAAAGGCCCACGAACAAACAAAAGAGGUUAAAUUCCAACAAGGACUUGAGAAAUAGUCAACACUAUUAAAUAUAGUACAAAUUGUUGUUAUAUAUACUGCAUUUGUUGUAUGUUAGCUUUUAGAAUAAAUUAUUAUAAUUAUUCU